GAUACAUCUAAAUUAAUCCACAGAUGAAAUAUGGAGAAGGGCGGAUUGGUUGCCGAAACGAUCAAUAGUGACUUAACUCAGCUUAGAAAUUCCUGCCCAAUUUCAGCGAUUCAGCGGUUAUAGUUUUUUGGCACGCCCUCUAGGGGCAUGUAAGACUAGAUGACACUGGUUUUCAUAAAUAGUGUAAUUAGCUUGAACCCACUACCUCUACUAACAGAUAAAUGUCAAAACAAUUCACUGUAAUUCAGAACACACCGUGAAGCUUCCAACAAUUGACAAGAAGGUCAGAGCAAUUUUCCAUAGACAAUUUGGGUCCCGAGACAAAACCAGUUGAGAACCACUGCUCUAGAAGAUAAUUAGAGGUUAAAAAUAGACCCUUUUCCAUAAAAGCAAAAGGCCUUCAGGUCCAUCCUCCUUUGCUAUUAAAGUGAUGAUGCAGAACCAUAAUGAUUGUGCUAAUGAUAACUUGUUGUGGACUAGGGCAUCCAUCGUAGUGUAUAUGCGGUGAGUGAUUGGAAAUACGCAGUUAGACAAAAGGCCAAUGGUGUCCUCCCAUAUACCAUUUAUGCAUUUGAUUAUUGCAAUCACACAUAGGCCUAUGUGGGCACAUACAGUGGGGAGAACAAGUAUUUGAUACACUGCCGAUUAUGCAAGUUUUCCUACUUACAAAGCAUGUAGAGGUCUGUAAUUUUUAUCAUAGGUACACUUCAACUGUGAGAGACGGAACCUAAAACAAAAAUACAGAAAAUCACAUUGUAUGAUUUUUUUUUAUUGCAUGACAUAAGUAUUUGAUACAUCAGAAAAGCAGAACUUAAUAUUUGGUACAGAAACCUUUGUUUGCAAUUACAGAGAUCAUACGUUUCCUGUAGGUCUUGACCAGGUUUGCACACACUGCAGCAGGGAUUUUGGCCCACUCCUCCAUACAGACCUUCUCCAGAUCCUUCAGGUUUCGGGGCUGUCGCUGGGCAAUACGAACUUUCAGCUCCCUCCAAAGAUUUUAUAUUGGGUUCAGGUCUGGAGACUGGCUAGGCCACUCCAGGACCUUGAGAUGCUUCUUACGGAGCCACUCCUUAGUUGCCCUGGCUGUGUGUUUCGGGUCAUUGUCAUGCUGGAAGACCCAGCCACGACCCAUCUUCAAUGCUCUUACUGAGGGAAGGAGGUUGUUGGCCAAGAUCUCGCGAUACAUGGCCCCAUCCAUCCUUCCCUCAAUACGGUGCAGUCGUCCUGUCCCCUUUGCAGAAAAGCAUCCCCAAAGAAUGAUGUUUCCACCUCCAUGCUUCACGGUUGGGAUGGUGUUCUUGGGGUUGUACUCAUCCUUCUUCUUCCUCCAAACACGGCGAGUGGAGUUUAGACCAAAAAACUCUAUUUGUGUCUCAUCAGACCACAUGACCUUCUCCCAUUCCUCCUCUGGAUCAUCCAGAUGGUCAUUGGCAAACUUCAGACGGGCCUGGACAUGCGCUGGCUUGAGCAGGGGGACCUUGCGUGCGCUGCAGGAUUUUAAUCCAAGACGGCGUAGUGUGUUACUAAUGGUUUUCUUUGAGACUGUGGUCCCAGCUCUCUUCAGGUCAUUGACCAGGUCCUGCCAUGUAGUUCUGGGCUGAUCCCUCACCUUCCUCAUGAUCAUUGAUGCCCCACGAGGUGAGAUCUUGCAUGGAGCCCCAGACCGAGGGUGAUUGACCGUCAUCUUGAACUUCUUCCAUUUUCUAAUAAUUGCGCCAACAGUUGUUGCCUUCUCACCAAGCUGCUUGCCUAUUGUCCUGUAGCCCAUCCCAGCCUUGUGCAGGUCUACAAUUUUAUCCCUGAUGUCCUUACACAGCUCUCUGGUCUUGGCCAUUGUGGAGAGGUUGGAGUCUGUUUGAUUGAGUGUGUGGACAGGUGUCUUUUAUACAGGUAACGAGUUCAAACAGGUGCAGUUAAUACAGGUAAUGAGUGGAGAACAGGAGGGCUUCUUAAAGAAAAACUAACAGGUCUGUGAGAGCCGGAAUUCUUACUGGUUGGUAGGUGAUCAAAUACUUAUAUCAUGCAAUAAAAUGCAAAUGAAUUACUUAAAAAUCAUACAAUGUGAUUUUCUGGAUUUUUGUUUUAGAUUCCGUCUCUCACAGUUGAAGUGUACCUAUGAUAAAAAAUUACAGACCUCUACAUGCUUUGUAAGUAGGAAAACCUGCAAAAUCGGCAGUGUAUCAAAUACUUGUUCUCCCCACUGUACACACUUACACUGAAAUACAGAUAAAUAAACAACUGCUUUCAGACAGUGACAAAAGGGAUACCAGAAGCGCAAAACAUAAAUCCUAUCUCCACCCACACAUGUACAUCUUCAAAGUUUAGUCAGCUCUUUCCUUAAUUAUAUUCCAAACUCUCCUGCACACAUCAAUGAAACAUUUUUGAUUUGUAAAACCUGCAUUUAAAGAACCAGGUAAUCAGGCAGGAAAAUCUGUUUUUGAGAUGGAAUUGGAGUAUUUUCACCUAUAUCUGCAUUAAAAACACAAUGGGCUGUCAUUGAAUUUCACAUAUCUUCCACACAGAUGCCUAAGGGGGUAAAGUGUUGUAUGAACAGGAGAGUAUUUUAGAUUGACAUUAAUUAGUAGCAGACGCAGUAGUGUGGCUGAUGUGUGUGUGGUGGCAGAGGGAGCAGUGGGAUUGAAGUGGAGUGUAUCUCUGUCAAACUCUUUCAAACGUGGCCUUGGCCCCUUGUGGCCGUCUUCAGACACACUUCACAUCACAGCCACCAGGCGUGCAGUACGUUAGACAAGCGUCCCCCGACACCCUGCCAGACAGACAUGUCAGAAAUGCUGCCACUGGACGACACAAGAUUAAGACCCACUGACCCUCAACACUGAUCUUCGUCCUCUCAUCUAGUCCUCUCUUCUCUUCUCUUCUCUUUCUCUUCUCUUCUCUUCUCUUCUCUUCUCUUCUCUUCUCUUCUCUUCUCUUCUCUUCUCUUCUCUUCUCUUCUCUUCUCUUCUCUUCUCUUCUCUUCUUCUCUUCUCUUCUCUUCUCUUCUCUUCUCUUCUCUUCCACUGUCUGGUAACCUACAAGUCUGGUUGCUUAUCAUUCCCUUGUAGAGAGAACCCCAUGUUUAACUUAAUCCUUUUUUAAUGAAAACCAUUAAAGUGGUGGCAAAUUGAUUUAAAACGUACACUGAUAUAAUGAUCUUUUUAAAAUUCACUUUGUCCUCGCCAAGUUAAUAGUGAUCCAUCUCGUUAUUAUUAAACUAUUGUUGAGAAGUAAUUACAGCCAGUGGAUUUUACGUUAACUUAAUAGUAGAACAGAAUAGAUUCUUACUAAAUUCAAUUACCACCAUAUUAGUAUUUAAUAAGAAGGGAAAUGGCAGCAAACAGAAUUAAGUAUUCAAAAGAGCCGGUCAAGCAUAAACAAGGCAUAGACUGAUAAGAACCAAACCCUGCUUAACAACAAUAAACUGGGCUUGUCUAUGAACACACAGCAGUGUAAUUAUGAAUGAACUACCGUUAGGAUUAGAGUUAUUUUGUUUUGUAAGGUAAAGGUAAUAAAAUACACCAAAUUCCAAAGUACCAUCAAACUGCUGACUCUAAUGCUCUAAUGUGUAAGGCACCUAUAAAAUAUAACCCCAAAAAAAGCAGAAGGGUCACAGAGGAAAGUUCAUGAGAAUGUUUGUCAUUGCAGUUCCCUGUCAGGGUUGAUUAACAGGCCAUCUGUGCAUCCUGAUUCUGGUCUACAGAUUUCCACAGCAGAGCAGAAGUGAAGACAUUAACAUGUCCACCACGCAUUAUCAUGUCUAGCAAUCACCAUCCCACUCAGAGCCGUAGCAUGACCGAUUCUCCUCUAGAGCCUCUCAUGUAUUUGCAUCCUAAUGAUUGUGUCCCCACAGAUUAGUCUGUGAUGAUGGGAUGUUUUAAGUCUAUUUGUGAUAGUGAACCAUCCAGGCCACUCAGAAUAACCCAAACCUAGGGCUAAGCAUCCAGCUAUUCUUAAAAUAAACCAAAUAUAGGGUUAAUUUGGUUACUUUUUCUGUGUGAGACUUGAACUCUGUUAGAUGCCCAGUGAGUGUGGAACAAACCUCAAUCAAACCCAAACAUUUCACAGACCCACACCAUCCGUGUGUUUCAGUCAUUCGAUGUGAACCUCUGAAGUUCUGCUGUACUUCAGCCCUCCCUCUCUCUCUUCGGUCCUUUUCUUUAUAGACCCCACAUCACAAUCUCAUUAGCAUUAGCAAAGACAUUUAAAAACUAAGGACCGUGGGUUUUUAACUGCAAUGGCAACCAAUAGUGUAUUCACUUUUAAUGCAGUUAUUAUAUUUGCUGGCACUUAGCUCCUAUAGCAACUCCAUGGUGCUCUGCUGCAGUGAGACAUUUCAUGGAUUCACAUUAUUACACGAUACGCCCAUUACCGAGAGAGCAUGCUGUAAAUGUAAUGAAGCAAGAGCUUUUUAUUGCCUUUGUGCUUUUGGCACCUGAGGUUUCAGUGGGAAUGAGAGGUGUGUGGGUUUCUACUGUAGUAUUUCCAUGGGAACGAGGUAGACUUGUGUGUCUAUGAAGUCUCUGCAUGACCUUUGUUUUCAUGUCUGAAUGACAAACCAGGGUACAAUGUAAGAGUAUGAAGCUAUGAAAUCAGAAAACAUUUAUUUCUGUUGGUGCCUAAAACUUUCUGCCCACUCUUUACCAUGAUUUUAAGUGUACAGCAUAAAUAUGGUACCCUAUUUCCCAAAAUGGGAAUAUGGCAGAGAGAUGCAUGCUAGUUGCCAGGUAGAUUGAAUGUCAUUCACGCAUGUGUUUUCUCCUUUCCAUGACGGGCAGAAGGACGCCCCUUCCACAGCACCACAUCUUGCAUAUCCUAUAGAGGCCUUGAGACACACAGUCACAGGUCUGAAAGGUCCUUUUACCCUUCCAUUGCUCUCGCUGCUCUGUGGAGAUUAAUGUGAGGCAGCGUUUAAUCCAAUCUAAACACUGAAACAGAUUUCCCAUAUGCCCCUGUCCUCUCUCCUCAGUGAGCCUGUCACACACGGUUAUUCUCAAUGAUUCCUGAUGAGCCUGGCUGCAGAUGAAUCCCCUCUGUGUUUCAUAAUUGAUGCCCGUGGAUGGCGUGGAGGAGGAUGUACAGUUGAAGUCGGAAGUUUACAUACACCUUAGCCAAAUACAUUUAAACUCAGUUUUUCACAAUUCCUGACAUUUAAUCCUAGUAAAAAUUCCCUGUCUUAGGUCAGUUAGGAUCACCACUUUAUUUUAAGAAUGUGAAAUGUCAGAAUAAUAGUAGAGAGAAUGAUUUAUUUCAGCUUUUAUUUCUUUCAUCACAUUCCCAGUGGGUCAGAAGUUUACAUACACUCAAUUAGUAUUUGGUAGCAUUGCCUUUAAAUUGUUUAACUUGGGUCAAACGUUUCGGGUAGCCUUCCACAAGCUUCCCACAAUAAGUUGGGUGAAUUUGGCCCAUUCCUCCUGACAGAGCUGGUGUAACUGAGUCAGGAUUGUAGGCCUCCUUGCUCGCACACGCUUUUUCAGUUAAGCCCACACAUUUCUAUAGGAUUGAGGUCAGGGCUUUGUGAUGGCCACUCCAAUACCUUGACUUUGUUGUCCUUAAGCCAUUUUGCCACAACUCUGGAAGUAUGUUUGGGGUCAUUGUCCAUUUGGAAGACCCAUUUGCGACCAAGCUUUAACUUCCUGACUGAUGUCUUGAGAUGUUGCUUCAAUAUAUCCACAUAAUUUUCCUCCCUCAUGAUGUCAUUUAUUUUGUGAAGUGCACCAGUCCCUCCUGCAGCAAAGCAUCCCCGUGCUUCACGGUUGGGAUGGUGUUCUUCGGCCUUGCAAGCGUCCCCCUUUUUCCUCCAAACAUAACGAUGGUCAUUAUGGCCAAACAGUUCUAUUUUUGUUUCAUCAGACCAGAGGACAUUUCUCCAAAAAGUACGAUCUUUGUCCCCAUGUGCAGUUGCAAACCGUAGUCUGGCUUUUUUAUGGCGGUUUCGGAGCAGUGGCCUCUUCCUUGCUGAGUGGCCUUUCAGGUUAUGUCGAUAUAGGACUCAUUUUACUGUGGAUAUAGAUAUUUUUGUACCAGUUUCCUCCAGCAUUUUCACAAGGUCCUUUGCUGUUGUUCUGGGAUUGAUUUGCACUUUUCGCACCAAAGUACGUUCAUCUCUAGGAGACAGAACGCGUCUCCUUCCUGAGCGGUAUGACGGCUGCGUGGUCCCAUGGUGUUUAUACUUACAUACUAUUGUUUGUAGGGAUGAAUGUGGUACCUUCAGGCAUUUGGAAAUUGCUCCCAAGGAUGAACCAGACUUGUGGAGGUCUACACAUUUUUUUCUGAGGUCUUGGCUGAUUUCUUUUGAUUUUCCCAUGAUGUCAAGCAGAGAGGCACUGAGUUUGAAGGUAGGCCUUGAAAUACAUCCACAGAUACACCUCCAAUUGACUCAAGUGAUGUCAAUUAGCCUAUCAGAAGCUGCUAAAGCAUGACAUCAUUUUCUGGAAUUUUCCAAGCUGUUUAAAGGCACAGUCAACUUAGUGUAUGUAAACUUCUUACAAACUGGAAUUGUGAUUCGGUGAAUUAUAAGUGAAAUAAUCUGUCUGUAAACAAUUGUUGGAAAAAUUACUUGUGUCAUGCACAAAGUAGAUGUCCUAACCGACUUGCCAAAACUAUAGUUUGUUAACAAGAAAUUUGUGGAGUGGUUGAAAAACAAGUUUUAAUGACUCCAACCUAAGUGUAUGUAAACUUCCGACUUCAACUGUAUCUUCCAUUAGGUCAUGUAAAAUACACGAGUCUUAAAAGACCAUUAGUCUCUGUUAGCGAGCUAGCGCUGCAGUGUUAUGAGGACAGGCCUCUCUCUGAUUACAGGCAGAGAUGAGUCAAAUGGCUGAGGGGACUGAGGUGACCGCUAUGACGGCAAACUGCCACCCGUUCUGUAUUUCUUCUUCUGUGCUAAGAGACGAGAACGCGUCUGGAAUCAGUAAUGAGACUGGGUGCUUAGCAACAUCUUCAACGUUUGGUUUGGUAGGGUUGUGAACGCAUAGAUUGUGAUUGUAAACAUGUUUAAGUUCUGUCAGAGCAGGUACCUGAGGAGGAAAAACUAGCCUGACAAUCCUGCUAACAUGUCAUUACAAAUAGGUUGUGAGAAGGUUGGUAAUGUCUUUACCUAGUCGAGAGCUUGGGACAAUAAGGUUCUAUCUGCAUUUUUGUCAAAAUUGAUUUAUUGACAUAGCUUUGUUCUGUUCAAUGUUCUCUGCCUAUAUAGUACUCUAAAUACCCCAAUUCAUGUUGUUAAGUUCAAAAAGAACAGAAUAUAAAAAUUGUUGACACCAUUCAAACCAAUGAGGGUUCAGAAAUGUAAAUUGUAAAAUUAUCUCUGAAUCAUCUUUUUUGCAGAUAGAACCUUAUAGUCCGAAGCUCUCAUAGUGACAUAGUUUUACAGACAACACUGUAAAGUCACAAUUUUGGUAAAAACUAUAUUUGGUUCCGCUGUCCCUGUGUGGUGGCCUGAAUGUGGACUGAGCGUGUGACUGAGCGCUAUGUGUGCACCCAAUCAUAUCUCUCCAGGGAGUUGAGGGCCACUCAGAAUAUAAAGAUGGCCAUUGAAUCUGCUAGUGCUACUUAGCUGCCAGCUAAUCUCCCAAGCCAGUUGUUCCAACGACAUCGUUACCAGCCAUAGUGAACCCAUCUCAUUUUAUGGCCUCUAUAACACAGUAGGAGGAGAAAGCUGUGGAGACAGUGGAGAGGAGGAGCCUGGCUGCCAGUGUGAUUUAGUACCUGGUUGGGAGAAGCUCCACAUUAGGCCAGCCUCCAGUGCCCCCUCUGUAUUAGUCUAAUUGAAACAGAAACGGCGGGGUGAUAAUGCUAUAACAACACCCCCACGCCUUCGCCCCUGAGCCCCGCUGCGCUGAUACACGGCUCCCCACAAUAAACCAUAAAUAAAAUGGAUAGCUGAGGGGAGUGUCUGGGUUCUGCUCAUUGGCUCAUUGACUCCGAGGAGCGCUUUUAGCUUUCAUAUCGCAUGUACUAGAAAGAUUAGACAGCAGUCAGCAGCAGGCCUCUCCUCUAGCUCUGCACGGCCCUCUCCUUCUGGCCUUUUGUCGCUGUUGGUAUUUAAGUGGGGGAGGACGGAGGGGAGGAGGGGGUAUCAUUUAGCCUAGGUCCAACAGGCUGUCCUCAGGACAGACAGGCUCUCACCCACCCAGCCAGUAAGGCCCAGGGAGAUAGACCUGGACCCACGUUUUGCUCUCAGAGGAGCUCCUGUGAAGUGUACUUAAACUGAAUGGUCUGAACUGCACAGUAUGUGGCAUCACCUCCUCUAUGGGUACCCUGUUACUGUCAUCAUAUCCUAUAUGGGUACCCUGUUACUGUCAUCAUCUCCUCGAUGGGUACCCUGUUACAGGAAUCAUAUCCUCUAUGGGUACCCUGUUACUGUCAUCAUAUCCUCUAUGGGUACCCUGUUACUGUCAUCAUCUCCUCGAUGGGUACCCUGUUACAGGAAUCAUAUCCUCUAUGGAUACCCUGUUACAGGAAUCAUAUCUCUAUGGGUACCCUGUUACUGUCAUCAUAUCCUCUAUGGGUACCCUGUUACUGUCAUCAUCUCCUCGAUGGGUACCCUGUUACUGUCAUCAUAUUCUCUAUGGUACCCUGUUACAGGAAUCAUAUCCUCUAUGGGUACCCUGUUACAGGAAUCAUAUAUCCUCUAUGGGUACCCUGUUACAGGAAUCUAUCUCUAUGGGUACCCUGUUACUGUCAUCAUAUCCUCUAUGGGUACCCUGUUACUGUCAUCAUCUCCUCGAUGUGUACCCUGUUACAGGAAUCAUAUCCUCUAUGGAUACCCUGUUACAGGAAUCAUAUCCUCUAUGGGUACCCUGUUACUGUGAUCAUAUCCUCUAUGGGUACCCUGUUACUGUCAUCAUCUCCUCGAUGGGUACCCUGUUACUGUCAUCAUAUUCUCUAUGGGUACCCUGUUACAGGAAUCAUCUCUAUGGUCCUUCUAUAUGGGUACCCUGUUACAGGAAUCAUAUCCUCUAUGGGUACCCUGUUACUGUCAUCAUAUCCUCUAUGGGUACCCUGUUACAGGAAUAAUCUCCUUGAUGGGUACCCUGUUACAGGAAUCAUAUCCUCUUGGGUACCCCGUUACAGAAAUCUUAUCAUCUAUGGUUACAGGAAUCAUAUCCUCUAUGGGUACCAUGUUACAGGAAUCAUAUCCUCUAUGGGUACCAUACUACAGGAAUCAUAUCCUCUAUGGGUACCCUGUUACAGGAAUCAUAUCCUCUAUGGGUACCCUGUUACAGGAAUCAUAUCCUCUAUGGGUACCCUGUUACAGGAAUCAUAUCCUCCAUGGCAGGUAGCCUAGCAGUUAAGAAUGUUGGGCCGGUAACCGAAAGGUUGCUGGUUCCAAUACCAGAGCCGACUAGGCCUUGAGCAAGGCACUUAACCCUAAUUGCUCCUGUAAGUCGCUCUGGCUAAGAGCGUCCGCUAAAUCACAAAAAUGUUAAAUGAUCAAAUGUACCCUGUUACUGGCUUAUUAGUAUCCUCUGCCCUCCAUUACCUGCUCAAACCACUAGCUAUAUCAACACCAGUCCAUCAGCCAACAUCUCUCCGCUUAGUGAAAACACUUAGCUCCUGGUUAUCGGGUGUAACCCUUCCCCUUAGACACAGAAACAUGUCAGACAGAGAGAAACAUUCAUUUCCUUAUAGAAAUCCUGUACCCAGCUCACCACAAUACCACAGGGUUUUAAUUUCUAGGAGGCACAAUUGUGAAGAACGUGAUUGAAACAACAUAAGAAUUGGUUAAAUUAUACCAGAGGUCAAGUUAAAAGCUAUCCCGCUUCCGUUCAAACAAUAAUAUUAUAUAUCGUUGUAUUUUGAGACAGGAAAAAGAGAUGCAAGGCUAUUUGUCUUUAAAAAAGACCAUACUAACGCUGCUGUGAUGACACUUUUAUCUUGUAUUUACAACUGAAGAGCCCGGUAAGCCUUGAUAUUUAUUGCUGAGACUGACCCUCAUAACACCUAGCUGGGUGAAUGAUGAUAGAGGAUGGUUUCAGCAGUCAUCACUGGUGACUAGAUAAAUACUAGUCUGAAUACUGCUCUAAUAGGGAACAUUACACAGUCAGACGCCUGCUGGUCCUCUUAUCUCUAUGUGUGCUUGAAGAACAACCACAGAGCGAUGCAAAAACCUCCCGUAUUCCUGAGUGUGUGUGUGGUUGACAUGGCUGAGCCAGGUCAAAGAUUAUGAUUUAUCGCCCUAUUUAUGCCCUGUACGUCAGUGGAGGCUGGUGGGAGGAGCUAUAGGAGGUGGGCUCAUUGUAAUGGCUGGAAUGGAAUUAAUGGAAGUCAAACGUGGUUUCUAUAUGUUUGAUCUGUUUGAUACCGUUCCAUUGAUUCCGUUCCAGCCAUUACAAUGAGCCCGUCCUCCUAUAGCUCCUCCCACCAGCCUCCACUGCUGUACAUAUUUUCUCUCCUGAAGAGAGGCAACGUCUCCUUGAGCAGAAUGGUGGAGUGCUGCACUGCCUUCCAAAAGGCUAACGAUGAAGCUGCAACAAUUAUAGAGCGACAGACAGCCCAGAGCGAGAACCACACAUAUCUCUGUUUUAAAUAGCUGGGGAUGAGGGGAGAAACACUAACAGAUGUUUGUUAAAGAUCCACUGGUGGGUCAUUCUUGAUAUACAGACAGUACUCCUGGUCCCUAUUACAUGUUCACAGUUUGAUGCGUAAGAAACAGUACUGUUAUUGAUCUAGGUCCCUCAGUGGUUAUUCAGCCAAGCAAUGCGUUCUGUUGAGCAUGAUAAGCAUUAGGAAGCCAUGCUGUAUGUGUGUGUAGUGUGUCAUGAAUGUACCUGGAUGGUGAGGCAGAGAAGAGGGCAGACAGGCCUGUUUUAUGGCCUCCAUUAGGUAUAUGGCCAGCCCAAUCCAUCAUCCUGAGACACUAAGGUUAUGCUCUGGAAUAACACAGGUCCUAUAGACAUGUACUGUACUCUUGUAGGAUAGGGUCUAUGACCUGUCAGUGUUCAUCCUCACACUUCUCUCUAUAUAUACUUUAGGGUUUGGUUCCCCUCCCUCUAAAAGGCUUUAUGAUGAGCAAGAACGUAUUUUUCUGUAGUUAUACUUUUAUUUUGAGUCAGCGUGGAUGCUGUUAGUCGCAGUUUGUGUCCAACUCUCAUUCUCUCUCUCUCUCUCUCUCUCUCUCUCUCUCUCUCUCUCUCUCUCUCUCUCUCUCUCUCUCUCUCUCUCUCUCUCUCUCUCUCUCUCUCUCUCUCUCUCUCUCUCUCUCUCUCUCUAUCUCUCUCUCUCUCUCUCUCUCUCUCUCCUCCUCCCACAGCCUUUGUGUUGAGUUGUACCUUUCCCCAGCGGCCGGCCUGUGGGGAUGUGUCUGUGAGCAGCCUCCACUCUGGGGGAGAGGCCUACUUCUACUGUGUGACUGGGUACCAACUGCAGGGAACCAACACACUGACCUGCCUCAACGCCAGCACCCCCUACUGGAGCGGCACGGAGCCGCAGUGCCACGGUGAGGGCUGGGGGCAGCUAGCUACGUACAACUCGCACCCAAAUACCACAAUGGGACCAAUAGACCUUGCUAUGCACACAUACUUUCUCCACAGUUGUUGAACAUAUUAAUAGACAAAAACACUCAUCCGCUCUCAAUCCUUAUCACAGUCUUUCAAAAACAAAUUCAUAUUCCCUGUGAUAUGUCCUGUAACUAUUCCUACCGGAGCAUCAACACAGUUCUUCCCUCUGCAACAAGUCAGGUGUAUAACCACAUAAACACGUUGUCCUCGCUGGAGCAGUUAAACUCCAGUAGAAUGAUCCCACACGCACUCGGCUUGGUGUUGUAAAAUGCUUGGUGUUGUAUGAAAAAUGUAUGCACUCACUAACUGUAAGUCGCUCUGGAUAAGAGCAUCUGCUAAAUGACUAAAAAUUUAAAAAAGUAAAAAUGUGUUGCUCAAAAGUUAAUUGGGGUUUAAUCAUUGAUUUGGGCCUUAUUGGUGUGGGCUGUAGUGUCUGUUGCACUGGGGUGGUGAAUGUUAAACAGACAGCCCUAUUCAGUCAGGCCUCUCCUAGGAAGUAAAGAACUAAACAAAACAAGCAAUGUUUUUUGCUUGUUUUCAGCAGAAGCAAGGACUGCAUCAUAUUUUCUCUUCCAGGAAGUUCACCUCUUGAGUCUGCUUGUAUUUGUCUUGCAUAACAAGCACAGAUUCAGACAGGGUUCAAUCCCCGGUGGAGGACAGUUCAGAAGCAGACAGCUUAGAUGUAGGAUCUAAUUUUAAUGCUCAGAUGAGCACAAGUGAUGAAUAGUGAGUGAAUGUUUUAGCCCUGGUCAGAUAAACAUUUGGAACAGUGGGUCUCUCCAUUGUUUUAAAGUGAAUGGAGAGCAGGGAUGCUCCCUCCUAGCGUUGGGCAUCAAAAGGGCAUAGUUUAGAAAUGUGUGGAGAGAGUAUAAGGUUCUCUCUCCGAGCAUUGGGUGACCAAACAAACCAUUUAAACAGCACCUGUGUGUGUGUGCCUGCGCCCCAGACAGUGGUCCCAGAGCCCACAGCAUGGUAUCUGCCAGGGUGUGAUUACUGAUGGCAGGGCAGUGUCACAGGGCAGGUUAGGCCUGAGGCUGCAGCUCUGCUUUAAUUACAGUGGCUUGCAUAAGUAUUCACCCCCCUUGGCAUUUUUCCUAUUUUGUUGCCUUUCAACCUGGAAUUAAAAUAGAUUUUGGGGGGCGGGUUUGUAUCAUUUGAGUUACACAACAUGCCUACCACUUUGAAGAUGCAAAAUAUUUUUUAUUGUGAAACAAACAAGAAAUGAGACAGAAAAACAGAAACAUAACUAUUCACCCCCCCAAAGUCAAUACUUUGUAGAGCCACCUUUUGCAGCAAUUACAGGUGCAAGUCUCUUGGGGUAUGUCUCUAUAAGCUUGGAACAUCUAGCCACUGGGAUUUUUGCCCAUUCUUCAAGGCAAAACUGCUACAGCUCCUUCAAGUUGGAUGGGUUCCGCUGGUGUACAGCAAUCUUUAAGUCAUACCACAGAUUCUCAAUUGGAUUGAGGUCUGGGCUUUGACUAGGCCAUUCCAAGACAUUCAAAUGUUUCCCCUUAAACCACUCAAGUGUUGCUUUAGCAGUAUGCUUAGGGUCAUUGUCCUGCUGGAAGGUGAACCUCUGUCCCAGUCUCAAAUCUCUGGAAGACUGAAACAGGUUUCCUUCAAGAAUUUCCCUGUAUUUAGCGCCAUCCAUAAUUCCUUCAAUUCUGACCAGUUUCCCAGUCCCUGCCGAUGAAAAACAUCCCCACAGCAUGAUGCUGCCACCACCAUGCUUCACUGUGGGGAUGGUGUUCUUGGGGUGAUGAGAGGUGUUGGGUUUGCGCCAGACAUAGCGUUUUCCUUGAUGGCCAAAAAGCUCAAUUUUAGUCUCAUCUGACCAGAGUACCUUCUUCCAUAUGUUUGGGGAGUCUCCCACAUGCCUUUUGGCGAACACCAAACGUGUUUGCUUAUUUUUUUCUUUAAGCAAUGGCUUUUUUCUGUCCACUCUUCCUUAAAGCCCAGCUCUGUGGAGUGUACGGCUUAAAGUAGUCCUAUGGACAGAUACUUCAAUCUCAGCUGUGCUUUGCAGCUCCUUCAGGGUUAUCUUUGGUCUCUUUGUUGCCUCUCUGAUUAAUGCCCUCCUUGCCUGUUCCGUGAGUUUAGGUGGGCAGCCCUCUCUUGGCAGGUUUGUUGUGGUGCCAUAUUCUUUCCAUUUUUUUAUAAUGGAAUUAAUGGUACUCCGUGGGAUGUUCAAAGUUUCUGAUAUUUUUUUAUAACCCAACCCUGAUCUGUACUUCUCCACAACUUGGUCCCUGACCUGUUUGGAGAGCUUCUUGGUCUUCAUGGUGCUGCUUGCUUGGUGGUGUUGCAGACACUGGGGUUUUUCAGGACAGGUGUAUAUAUAUACUGAGAUCAUGUGACACUUAGAUUGCACACAGGUGGACUUUAUUUAACUAAUUAUGUGACUUCUGAAGGUAAUUGGUUGCACCAGAUCUUAUUUAGGGGCUUCAUAGCAAAGGGGGUGAAUAGAUAUGCACGCACCACUUUUUGACUAUUUUGUGUAUGUCCAUUACAUGAAAUCCAAAUAAAAAUCAAUUUAAAUUACAGGUUGUAAUGCAACAAAAUAGGGAAAUCGGCAAGGGGGAUUGUAACAAUGUAUGCUGGGCCAAAACAAGAGUAGCGUACAGACAGGAACAGAGUAACAUAAUCAAUAACACCUGGGGAAGGAACCAAAGGGAGUGACAUAUACAGGGGAGGUAAUCAGGAAGGUGAUGGAGUCCAGGUGAGUCUGAUGAGGCACUGGUGAGCAUAACGAUGGUGACAGGUGUGCGUAAUAAAGAGCAACCUGGUGACCUAGAGGCCAGAGGGGGAAUAUAUGUGACAGGGAUGAAUACUUUUGCAAGGCACUGUAAGCCUGGUGUCUACCUAGCUGACCUUCACCUCAUCUGUUGUGAUAAACUGAUAUCAAUACCAGACCCACUCUCUCUUUUAUUCCCUUUACACAAACUCAGAGCUUGCUCUUACUCACCACCUCCACUCAUUGUGUUUUCAUGAUUUAUCUCUAGUCAUGAUUUCUCAAGGUAUUCUCUGUCAUUACACAUUCUGUUUGACUGGGAUUUAAGCAAAUGUUUUUCCCAGACUAAAAUACCUCUCUCCCUCCUCCUCCUCCCAUCCCAUUUUCCUUCUGUCCAUCCUCCUCCCAUUUUACUUCUCUUCUCCUCCCAUCUAUCUCAUCUUCCUUCCUCCCAUUCCUACUUCAUUCUCCAUGGGCAUCCCAGCUGCCUGUGGUGGCAUUGUCCGGAAUGCCACGGUCGGACGCAUUGUGUCACCCGGUUUCCCUAGCAACUACAGCAACAACCUGACGUGCCAUUGGCUGCUGGAGGCCCCAGAGGGACAGCGAGUGCACGUCCACUUUGAGAAGGUGGCCCUGGCAGAGGACGAUGACAGGUGUGGUGUCAGUCAGGGGGUUCACUUCACUACAGUGUUCAGUCAGACCUGGGUUCAAAUAGUAUUGAUUUUCUUCCAAGUAUUUUGACCUUUGAUUAAGCGUGUCUUGAGUGCCAGAUGGGUGGGGUUUGCACUUAGAGGGCUAUUCCAUUGGUUAUAUUGCACCAAGCCAACUCAAUAAAGUGUAUAGCUUUAAAAGAAAGAACAUACUAUCUGAACCCAGGUCUGCUACAGUGUUCUGACCUUAGUGCUCUACUCCAGUACACUAUCCAGUUCUAAGUGUCCACUUGAGUUUAAUAAUCAAUCAACAAGCAGCCAACAUCUCAUCAGAGUCCUACUGCUGGCUCUGUGACAGUUGGACAUGAUUCUCACCUCAGGCUCAUGGUUCUGUUGUCACACAUGUCAUAUUACCAGUCCAUUCCUCUGCUACACUUCAGGGCAUCGUCUCAUCAUCUGAGAUAGAGAUUCAGUGGAACAUCUGUGUCUCUGUGUCAGAAUGGAAAUCUAUUUUUUUGAAAAUGGUGAGAGAGGAAGGGAGAAGGAGAGAGAGAGAAAUACAGAAAUAAUUGGAAACAUUUCAAUCACCUUCCUACUUUCUUUUUUGACUGUCAUUAUGAAACUAUUCAUGAUCCUUAUUGGAGUCAUAAUGCUCUAUGACUGCAUCUAUCAGCUGUUGUGAAAGUUUGUAAGGCAAUAUAACACUUCACAAGAAGGUGCUUCAAGUGAAUUAAUUGAAUUGACUAGGACAUGCUUAUUUGAGUUGAGAUAAUGUUGUUUUUAUGAGCGGUAGCCGCUGUGUCUGGAGACAAUAACAAAUGGACUUUUAAUGAGGUCAGUAGGCUAGCUGCUCAGCUGUACUGAAUAUAUCGUUGGCCUUUUAUGCAGAACAGUCCAGCCCAAUGCUUUAAUACUGUAUCACAUUCCUUCCUGUUGCUUCGUCUCAUUAGGAGCUUCAGUCCAGGUGGCUGAGGUAACUCUGAUAACGUGCCCACCAUGCAUAUUACGAGGUCUUAGAAAUCCAACCAGGUACUGAUGUGUUUGAAUUUCUCUAUUUCAGGCUUCUGAUUAAAAAUGGGAACAACAUUGACUCUCCUCCGCUGUAUGACUCAUAUGAGGUGGAGUACCUGCCCAACGAGGGCCUGGUGAGCACCUCCAGACCCCUCUUCAUAGAGCUCACCACUGAUGGAGCAGGCACCUCCACCGGCAUCGCCAUUAGAUACCAAGGUAGACACAUCCCCAUGGGAGCUAACACAAGUCUUCAGGUCUCGGUUACACCUCAACCCCUUUGACCUUCUCCAACUCACAGAGACCCAUCCAGGUCACGGCACCAAUGUUACUGACUGGGUUAGAACCAAUGAUCCCUCUAAACUGCGUGCGUGCGCACCCGCGCACUUCCUCCAGGACUGCUGCACAGAAGAAAUGCCAUGCUGCACAGAGACGCAAGAGAUUGAACUUCACUGAGUUCGCCCCAUUAGUUGCACUAUAUAGAUCAACGUUUUUUCUGUAAUCGAAUCAACAUUAUAUCAGCCCCAAAACAAAACUUUGCAAGAUUGAGUCUGUGAUUUUGUUGUAGGCAGAGCCAGAGCGCAACAGAGUAGAAUUCUAUUGACAGGGGUAGCCCACAAGCGGUCUUUCAAUCACCCGCGAGUGGAAAUGCUUUUCAGAUCAGUUCAGAUCAGAGCUCAGAGCUGCCCGUGUGCACAUUUGUUGAUAUUGUUUGCUAGUCAGCGAGUUAUUAGCCCAGUUAUAGAUAAGUAUAGGUCAGCAAUGGGGAGUUACUGCUUCCUACAAGAGCACAAAACAUGUAGGCUACAUUUCAAGCUGUCUUUGAAAAGCCAGUCAAGUAAAACGCUUAUGUCUUAAUUAAAGGGGCAGUGUUGUAUUUUGAGACAGGCUUGAAUAUGCAAAUAAGGUAAUAGGCAGAGGGGUAGCCUACAUUGUCUAAUUCUCUGUUUGGUAAUAAUAAUUCAUUUUAUUUUUGUAAAGUGGUUUCUUGCAUCAUACAACACACUACAAUGCAAUUUACUGUCCCUUAUUUGGCCCAUGGUGUUACAGACCAAGUAAAAAAUAAUUAAUUAAUGUCAAGCCCUUCAUAAUGUAAAAACGUUUUUAAAAGUCUCAUGCAAUGUAGCCCUGCAUUGAACACCACAUAUAGGCUACUGUAGGCUAUAUCAUAGAAAUCAAAAGCUAUUUCCAUGUGAAAAUGUUCUGGGAUUUGCUCCAUUGGUUUUGUUGGUAGGCCUACAUUAUGCUCAAAUAGCCACAAUAGCCUAUUGGCUACUGUCUAAAACUGUAAGGGUACAGCCUCAGUGUUCACUGUAAACUCGCGCCGGAAGAUGGACAAAAUUCUCACAACAUUCAAGUUUGCUCAGUGCCCCAAAAAUGUUGAAGGAACAGUGGUUAGAACGUAGGUUCCCUGUGUGCCACAAGACUAGGCCUAGGCAUGGGGAUCAACACAAGUCUUCAGGUCUCUGGAAAGCGUACUCAAGGACACUCACACUUCCCUCACACACUCAGUCCAGCAGUUGGUAGAGCAUGGCGCUUGCAACGGCAGGGUUGUGGGUUCGUUUCCCACGGGGGGCCAGUAUGAAAAAUGUAUGCACUCACUAACUGUAAGUCGCUCUGGAUAAGAGCGUCUGCUGAAUUACUAAAAUGUCAAAUUUAAUAUUGGUGGAGCUAAAAACUGUUGUUUAAGAAAUGCAUCAUGCCCUGCAGACUGGCAAAAGACACUGCCUCAGGCCCUCUCCUCUCCUUUCCCUCCUCUAAAUAAUUGAAAUGGAAAUAUGUCAAACAUAACAAUCAAUUAAAGUCCUCUGCUCUGACUAGUUUAGCUACAAACUCUCAAAUGUUUUAUUUUUCUCCACGCUCAUCCCCAGUCAUCCUCUCUACGUGUGGCAACUAAUUCUUAUACGUGGCUUUUCAAAUGGCUGUUCAGAGCUUGGAGUCAGAGCCACAUCACAGGUCCUGGAGUAUUUCUCCAAUCAGAUCAAUUUAAUCUGUAUAGGGCUUCAAUUUACUGUAGCAAAUGGGAUUACGCUGUGAGAGAGCAGUGCUGCUUAUUCUAAUGGACCUUGUGUGGGUUGUCUUUAACAGCAUUACCCUGUUGAAUUUGACACCGGGUGUAACUGCUUUAAUAGUGCUAAUCUCGCCCUGAUUUGAACCAUUACAUGUGCUGUCAGUCAGUGGGUUGAAGCAACAGAGCACCAGAUAGGCAGUGAGCUAACGGGCGGCUCGCUUUCGGCAAAGUCAAUGGCCCACUGCCUAUGGCACACAUGGGGCUCAGUGACACAGUCUGGGCUUUUUUCUGUGAUUGAUCCACAUAUCCUCUCUUUCACAGCAUUUUCAGUGGGCCACUGCUACGAGCCGUUCGUCAAGUACGGUAACUUCACAAGUAAUGACAGCAUGUGGGCAGUGGGGACAGUGGUAGAGUUCACUUGUGACCCUGGCUACACCCUGGAGCAGGGCUCUGUCAUCAUCGAGUGCAUGGACCACAACAACCCCCAGUGGAACGAGACUGAGCCCGCCUGCAGGGGUAUGCUGUGUGUUUUUGUUCUGUGUAGGAAAUUAGCUGUACGAUAUUGUUGCACAGAGUAUUUUUGUUUACUGUAUGUGUGUGUUUUUGUGUGUGUGUGUGUUACAGCUGUUUGCAGUGGAGAGAUGACUGACUCUGCUGGAGUGGUCCUGUCUCCUAACUGGCCAGAGGCCUACGAUAGCGGCCAAGACUGCAUCUGGGGGAUUCACGUGGAGGAAGACAGGAGGAUCAUGCUAGACAUCAAAGUGUAUGUAUCUUAACUAUCGCUUACGUUCUACACCACAGAUUCUCCUGAACAUCAGAUAUAACAUUUUAUGCAGAUGCAGAAAAAGGAUGUUAGCUAUGGGAACCCUUUUAAACAACGUCCUGGCAGCACAUUCCCCUCCCCAUAGCAGUUCGAGUGGAGGACACCCCACCACAGAGUAGCUCUGCAGCACAUCUCUGCACUCAGAUCAUUAGGAGAAGCUUUACUGCUGAUGUACAAACACAGCCCCGACUUCAAACAGAAACUGCCAGUGCAAAGAACUACCCCACUGUGACUGGUUAAACAAAUGAAAAGAGAAAAGGGCUGAAGAUAAAAUAAUAUGUUGCUCUUGGAUGGGACACAUAAGUACCAGCAGACAAAGGUUAAUUACCAACUGGAGCGGAAACUAAUUAUUUCACGGGGGUUCGGACAGAGGUGGUGUAUGUGUGUUCUGCUGAAUCAGAUAGGUUGAGUUGAGCAGAGCAGGGGAGAGGAGUGAGUGUUUUCCGUGAUAGUGAUGUCAGGUGAAGGCUGGGAACAAAAGACCCUGCUGUGUCAGACCCUGAUAGAUGAACCAUGCGUACAAUCAUUUGGCUUCCUUAAUUAAGAACUGGCUCAUUUGCAUAUGUUGUCUCUCUUGCUCUCCUCUCUCUCUUCGGAACGCCUCAGCUGCGGUUGUACAUUCUGAAGCAUUGUAACAAAUGGCAUCCUCCAUGUUUGGGACAAGAAGCUGUCAACAUAAUUAAUUUCCUAUUCAUAUAGAGGGGAAGCGAUUUGGGCAGAUAUGACUUUCAGGGACAACAGUGAAACGCAUUCAGCUCAACCUCGGAGCGUUGAUGAGAAUUCCGUUUGCAUGUGCAUGUGGGUGAGACAGAGAGAGAGAGCUAUCUAAGGAUAAUGUACAGGAUUUCCUCCCCAUUUCCUCCUGUUUUGAUGUGAACAUCAAUAUCAGCAUACGCUGAAAGGUGAACAAGGGGAAAUAUGAGAACCUAACAUCUGCAAUCUCAGUUUAAAGGCAUCACUCAAACCACUGUUAUCAUUCAGUACAUCCUCAAAGAAAGCAUUCAGUCUCUGAUCAUAGUGCUGCACAAGGAGUGAUUAUGCUUUGAGUCCAGUCACUGAUAAUCUGAACACACAGACUCUCGUGCCAUGAACCUCAUGUACCAUGCCUGAUGCCUCCCUCCUGUCCCACUAGUCACGCCAGCGUUCUGGAACACAAUUGCACGGUGUGCCUUCCUAAAGCUCAUUACCAGGGUUUAGGAACACUUUACCACGGUAAUGAGAACACUCUCAUUCCUCUAUGAUCAUUCAUCACCGCCCAGCGUCCUGUUCCCCGCUCCCACAAUCACACAGGACCAGGGGCCCUAAUGACGGCUGGGACACUUAUUCAGGGGCCUUACUAAUGACGGCUGGUUCAUCCCAACCAACCAGGAGGGCUAGCUAGGCGCCCGUUAAGGGCUCAGGUGCAGGAGGAGGGGCUGUGAACGACAUGCAGGUGUGGAGGAUGGUACACCUGGGGUGUAGUUCAGCAACCCAAGUUCAGAUGCUCCAAAUGUUGAUGGAGUGCUCCAACGCCUAAAUGGUGUUUAGGAGUGUAUGGGAAUGGGAUUUAGCUGUGUCUCUGCCUUGAUGAACUUGAUGAUCAGAAAUACACAUUCUGAAUACACACUUGCACGCAAACACCCAUGCAUGUGACCUUUGGCAGUUGUAGUUAAUGUAAAUCAUUUGCACACUUGCAUGCAUAUAUUCACAACCAUACCAAUAUACACACACUGUAUAUGCAACCCCAGCAGUCCUAUGGUGUUAAUAAGGGAGGAAAUAGUUUCCAAGUCAGACAGUGAUUCUGGUAGUUUUCAUAUUGGCUUCCAUUAUAGUGUGCUUUGUCUUCGGUGAGAAUUUAGUGAGAAGAGCGACAGGAUAUUUCAUGCAAUGAUGCAUCAAAUAUUACUUAUAGCACUUAUACCUUGAUUAGGUUUGUCUCCCAGGGCUGGAAGUUGGCAGGAGAACUCAUUGGCUUAUUCCAUCACUAGUAUCGCUGAUAACUGUGUUGACCCUGAGCCUGCUUGUCUGGAUAUGUUAGCCUAGCACUGGGAGUUGAGGCGGAGUGAAGGGAUCAGUGGCUCUGGAUCCCCGUCCAGCCAAGAUCUCACAAGCCAGGGAGGAGUGGAUUAGAAAUGUGAUAUUCCAUCAGAACUUUCAUUCAGGUUAGUCUGUGGGGACUAAGGGGUGCAGGGGUGAGAUGAAAGGAGAAGGUUCUAAUGACCAUUGGGCAGCCAUCAUGACUCCCAAAUGACUGAGUUUAAUCGAAUUAUGAUUUUAUUGAGGGGUAUUAAUUUUGCUAAACUAGCUAGAAACGGGCAGGUUGUAUUUAUUUUUUACUUGUCCUGGACAUGAAUUUCAAGUUCUCUCAGUGGUGGAGAAGAGAUUAGGCCGAUGCAUAUGAGGAGUUGUCUGAGAUAAUGCAUUGUGAAGGAACAUGGUGGCAGGCAGCUGGGCCUGUGGGCCGAGUCAAUCUGAGCCUGUGUUUAAAUUACACUAAAUCAAGUCACUGCCACACAAUAGAAAGCAUGAUUCAUUUUCGCUGCAGAUAUGGCAGCACAGCUAUGCAAAGGCUUGUUUAACUUGAUCACAACAAAUGUAAUGCAAGCUGAUACAAUUUCUCAACCUGUCCCGCUCUGUUGAGGUGAGAUGCAUUUUCAGGCGUCAAUAAAUUACUGCAGGUUUAGCUUUUUCUGGAGCUGCAAUACAGAUGCAUCAGCAGAAAAUACCCACUGGGCACACACUGGUUGAAUCAAUGUUGUUUCCACGUCAUUUCAAUGAAAUUAAGUUGAACCAAAGUGGAAUAGACGUUGAAUUCACGUCUGUGCCCAGUGGAUAGUCUAAGCUGUGCUGAUAUUUCAGUAGUCUGAUACACCUGAUCUUUGCCAAGACGUGUGUGCAUCAUAUCUAUAAUGUCUUUAAACUGAACUCGGUUUACAGAGUGUAAACAAGUUGACGAGAUUGAGACAUUUUUACACUCUCUCUGUUAUUCAUGUCAUACAAUACACUACAGAUACACGACUGCAUUACAGAACCAAAUCUCUUUAUCGCUCAAAUUGUUUAGGAUUUUUUUUCUGUUAGGCUCCAUAGUGAUUAAUAGUUCAAUUGCUUGCGUUGUAAUUAGUUUUAUCAGGAGCCACUUGUGAUUAAUUAGAGACAGGAAAGAGUAACGUGUCACCUCCCUAUUCAGGCUGAGAGUGAUUUCCCCCCUACUUUAAAUCAAAUCAAAUCAAAUCAAAUCAAAUUUUAUUGGUCACAUGCGCCGAAUACAACAGGUACAGACAUUACAGUGAAAUGCUUACUUACAGCCCUUAACCAACAGUGCAUUUAUUUUAAACAAAAAAAGUAAGAAUAAAACAACAACAAAAAAAGUGUUGAGAAAAAAAAGAGCAGAAGUAAAAUAAAGUGACAGUAGGGAGGCUAUAUAUACAGGGGGGUACCGUUGCAGAGUCAAUGUGCGGGGGCACCGGCUAGUUGAGGUAGUUGAGGUAAUAUGUACAUGUGGGUAGAGUUAAAGUGACUAUGCAUAAAUACUUAACAGAGUAGCAGCAGCGUAAAAAGGAUGGGGUGGGGGGGCAGUGCAAAUAGUCCGGGUAGCCAUGAUUAGCUGUUCAGGAGUCUUAUGGCUUGGGGGUAGAAGCUGUUGAGAAGUCUUUUGGACGUAGACUUGGCACUCCGGUACCGCUUGCCGUGCGGUAGCAGAGAGAACAGUCUAUGACUAGGGUGGCUGGAGUCUUUGACAAUUUUGAGGGCCUUCCUCUGCAGUGUACUUUACAUCCCACACUGGUGCUUAAGGAGAGGGCUCUGUCUCAGUUGACACAUUUUGCGACAAAUUAGCACAUGGUUUUGUCACUCUUUUCAGUAGAGCUAUGGUGUUCCAAAGUAAAUGAAAAAUGUAAACAGAAUAUCCCAAAGCAAGAAAAUUAUUUUAGUGAGGGUGCUUUAAAGUUUUUAAAACAGAUACAGAAAACAAUGACAAAUAAACUAUAGGACAAAUUAGCUAGUAAUGUGAGAGUGUACGUGAAGGACAAUUCAUUGUGCACAGUGAAAUACAUUUUCCUUCUGUCUUUGUGCUCCAGCCUCAACAUAGGGAAGAACGACCUGCUGACGUUCUAUGAUGGAGAUGACCUGACUGCUAAGGUGCUGGGUCAGUACGGAGGCUCGCGGCCACACUUCAAACUCUACACCUCCAUGGCCGACGUCACCAUCCAGUUCCAAUCUGACCCAGCCACCAACAUUUACGGCUACGGCAACGGCUUUGUGGUGCACUUCUUCGGUAAGGCCCCGGAGUGAGUUAGGAGAGAGUGUGAGGUCGAGAGGGUUCAGGAGGAGGAGACACUCUUAAACAUAAAAAGGAGGGGCCCCUUCUAUCAGCACGGUCGGCACGACACCAGAGCGGAGCCAACCCAUAAAGCAGACAUCUGAUAAGACGUAAUGAAUUCCAUGUAUAGAGAGGGAGAAAGAGGAGGCAGUGGAAUACUGAUGACUGGGAGAGAGAAGAGACAGAGAGAAGAGUGAGAGAGAGAGACAAGAGAGAGAGAGAGAGAAGAGAGAUAGAGAGACGAGAGAGAGAGAGAGAGAGAGAGAGAGAGAGAGAGAGAGAGAGAGAGAGAGAGAGAGAGAGAGAGACGAGAGAGAGAGAGAGAGAUAGAGAGAGAGAGAGAGAUAGAGAGAUAGAGACAAGAGAGAUAGAGAGACAAGAGAGAUAGAGAGACAAGAGAGAGAGAGAGAGAUAGAGAGACAAGAGAGAGAGAGAGAGAUAGAGAGAGAGAGAGGUGGUUUUAUAGUCUGUUCAUGCCUCUGACAGAGAUGGAAAGCAAGGCCCAGCCAAGUGGUGCAGCUGUCUGGUAUUACUCCGUGUGUUUGUCCACAUUAGCCUAGUCUGCAGUGUGCCCUGUCCUCUCUGGCUUCUGCUGUGGCUAGAACGGGCACCGCCAGGCUGCCUGGCAGACAGACCUCCCAAUGCAUGGCACUUGUCACACUAGAUUGAAAUUCCUACAAAAUGGAUGUCCUCUAUUGAGUUUGUCAUGAGGUUCAUUCAUUUGAAUGCAAAACCACACCCCUCCAGCUCUGUGCGCUCUGUAGUGAGUGGCUUCUUCUCUUGAUCCCUUUCUCUCUCCCUCCUUCAUGGAUCCAGAGGUGCCUCGUAACGACACGUGUCCAGAGCUCCCAGAGAUCACCAACGGCUGGAAGAGCACCUCCCACCCUGAGCUGGUCCAUGGCACGGUGGUCACCUACCAGUGCUACCCAGGCUUCCAGCUGGUGGGCACAGAGCUGCUCAUGUGCCAGUGGGACCUGACCUGGAGCGGAGACCUGCCCAGCUGUGAGAGAGGUGACUACCACACACACACUGGCACACAGAAGGUGCAUUGUAGGUGUGAGAGGCAGUUUCAGUUAAGGACAGGCUAAAGCAGAGGCUGAUGGGUAAAAACAUUCACUGCUAGACUGAUAUUUCAGAGAAUUUAAUAGGCUCUGUGUUACAGCUCCUCCACACAAUACUCCUGUUCUAUCCAGACGACCUGGAUGCUGCAGAGUAGAGACAGGAUAAUGUGACAGAGUGUCCUUGGUCUUGGUCCCCUUUCCCACAAAGUGACAGGCACGGCAUUACUGACCGGUAACAAGACACAGGGGUUUGAAGCCUCAUUUGGACGUCUGUCACGUGAACAUUAUUACCACGCUGACCCUUUUCCUACUGGGCCCAGGAUUGGGUUUGUGGUUUGCUGCUGUGAGGGACUGAGACACAGAGAUAAUCUCUUUAUUUUCCAGCUCGGUGUGUUUAUGUGUCUGCAGGUUUUAAUUAGAAAAAGGCCCGGGCACCACUCUGGCCCCAUUGGAUAACCACAAAUAAGCAUUGACAAAUGCUAAUAAUACAAAAAAAAGAACAAAUUGUAUUCACUGCACAUGAGUAAAGCGCUGUUUUUUUUCUGUGUGUGUGUGUGUGUGUGUGUGUGUUUGUGUCUAUGUGUGUGUGUGUGUGUCAGUGCUGUCGUGUGUCGACCCAGGUACUGUGGAGCACAGUCGCAGGGUGAUGUCCGGCCCGCGUUUCACUGUAGGCUCCACCAUCCAAUACAUCUGUAACAAAGGCUACACCCUCUCUGGAAACAGCCUGCUCUCCUGCUACAACCACGGCUCCUCCGGACCUAAAUGGAGCGAGAUGCUACCCAAAUGUGCC